UGUUUUUGACGUUUCUAAUGAAAUAUGCAGAUACCAGUGAAAGUGCAGAAGGCAAGAAAGCUAACUUACAGUACCUGCAAUAUUUAUAUGAUGGGUGCAUUGUGCCCAUAAAUCUGUUCAUCUGUCAGUGCAACGCUGAUGGCAGUAAACUGGGUGAAUGGGCCAUUAUUGAGUUACAAGGAGACCUUCGGAACAGAUCAAAUGACACUCUACACUCCCAGUUGAUUGGAGACUUGCAUUACACAGAAAAGGGAGCUCCUGUUCUAAUAGUUGGCCAUCAUAUCCUUUAUGGCAAGGAACAAGCACUGGAGAAACCAUUUAUUGUGGCAGAGCGUGUCAGGCACAAGUCAGAAGAUAGCACCAGAACUGAGUACCUUGUGCGUGCUGUUGUAAAAAGGAAACUUCUCUUCAAGUCGCGUCCAAAACCCAUUAUUGCAACAGUAAAUAAAUCUGUUUGAACAUUACGAAGAAUGGUUUGAAAUGUGUCGACUGUAUAUUUUAUUUUAUGUGUACCAUAUAUUGUGUAGCUUAUUCAAUAGGCUCAUCCAACCCUUAUGUAUGGAACUGUCUAAAGAUUUUUUAUAGUAUAUGUUGUAAAUAUUUUGAAGAAAACUCCAAUAAACAUGAUAAAA